AUGUCGCCACCAAUCGCUACCUACAACGACUUCCAAGGCGGCUUCACUGCCGUCAAAGACGUGAAGGGAGUUCCUGAGACCAAGAAAGUCACUCUCAAUGCCAACGGCAAUGACAUCAACACCAAACUUCUCGACGACUUUGGCGGCAAAUGGGAUGCCUUCAAAUUCGCACCCAUCCGCGAGUCCCAGGUCUCGCGAGCCAUGACUCGUCGCUACUUCGCCGACCUCGACCGUUAUGCCGAGUCGGACGUUGUCAUCGUCGGUGCAGGCUCUUGUGGACUGUCCACCGCCUACACUCUGGCCAAGGCCCGUCCGGACCUCAAGAUCGCCAUCAUCGAGGCAUCUGUCUCCCCCGGUGGCGGUUGCUGGUUGGGCGGCCAGCUCUUCUCGGCCAUGGUCCUGCGUAAGCCGGCCGACGAGUUUUUGGAUGAUAUUGGCGUCCCUUAUGAAGAUGAGGGCAACUUUGUUGUUGUCAAGCACGCGGCAUUGUUCAUGAGUACCCUGAUGAGCAAGGUUCUGGCCAUGCCCAACGUCAAGCUCUUCAACGCCACUUGCGUCGAGGAUCUGGUCACUCGUCCCUCCGCCGAUGGAGGCGUCCGAGUGGUUGGCGUGGUCACCAACUGGACUCUGGUCACUUUGCACCAUGACGACCAUAGCUGCAUGGACCCAAACACUAUCAAUGCCCCGCUUGUCAUCAGCACCACCGGCCACGAUGGUCCCUUCGGAGCCUUCUGCGCCAAGCGUCUUGUCAGCAUGAACGUCAUUGAGAAAUUGGGUGGUAUGCGUGCUCUCGACAUGAACCGUGCAGAGGAUGCCAUUGUCAAGGGCACUCGCGAGGUCUCUCCAGGCUUGAUCAUGGGAGGCAUGGAACUCAGUGAGCUUGAUGGAGCCAACCGCAUGGGCCCGACCUUUGGAGCCAUGGUCUUGAGUGGCGUCAAGGCUGCUGAGGAGGCCCUCAAGGUCUUUGAGACCAGAAAGGCCGAAUGCGCCGAGUGA